AUGGAAGAUGGUAGAAGGUACAGUAUGCAAGCCAACUGGGAUAUGAAUAAUUACGACAAGAACGUAACUUAUUAUAAUAGCAGUAGCAUGAACAAUAUUAAUAAUUUUGAUAGCAUGAAUGGUGGUGCUAACAUGAUGAACGCGAAUAAUAUGGGUAGUUCUGCAAACAUGAUCAGUUCUACCAAUAUGUGUGGUGUGACUGGUCAGAGUAGCUGCUACUACAAUAGUAGUGAAGAAAAUAAAUCAGUCUUUAAGAUGAACGAAGGUAAUAACAAUAUGUAUUUCCAUGAAGAAGGUUUUUGCAAUAAUGGCGGUAACAUGAACCUAAUGUAUAAUAAUAUUAAUAAUAACAGUAGCUAUAACAGUAAUAGUAAUAGUAAUAGUAACAGUAACAGUAACAGUAAUAUUAUUAUCAAUAGUAACAGUAAUGGCAAUGGUAAUAUUGAUAGUAACAGUAACAAUAAUAGCAAUAGCAAUAGAAAUAGUAAUAGUCUUAGUAACAAUUUUAGUAUAUGUAACGCGAGUUACCCCCCAGGGAGCUAUAACAACUAUUGUAAUUAUAAUAUGAACUAUCAAAUGAUGAAUGGUAACAACUACCCGAAUAGUUUAAUGAGUUCCUCUUCAAAUUAUUACUCAAGUGAACAAUAUGUAUUAAAUAAGAAAACAGCAAAAAUAUUAUAUAUAUACAAUAUAACAAAUGAAUGUAGUGAUGAAAAUUUUAUAUAUAGUUUAUGUUUUAUAUAUGGAAAUGUUGAUACUGUCAGUUAUAUAAAGGGGAAGAAUGUAUUUAUAGUAAAGUUCGAAUUAGCUGAAUGUGCUCUUAAUGCAUAUAAAAAUUUACCAAAUCAUUUUAAAAAUUUACAUUUUGAGCUUAGAAAUGAAUCAAAAAAAAUUAGUUAUUAUAAUGAGAAAGCUAAUAGUAAUAAAUAUGUAUCACCCAAUAUUUCGGAAAAAAAAUUUUUAUCCUUAAGUACUGAGAAGCGACAACAGAUUAUGAGUAUAAAACAAAAAGAACUAUUAAGAAAAUGUAAAGAGAAAUUAAAUCAGUACAUUAAUAUGUUUAACAGUAAAAAUAUAACAGACGCGACUAGAGAGAAAUUACAAGCAUUAAUUGACCAUAUUAAAACAAGGAUACAAGUUUUAAACAAUCAAUGUGAUGGUACAAAUUUUACUGAAGGCACAAAUUCGGUUAUAGUAAACAACUACGAUGCAAACAAUAGCAAUAGUAACGUUGGAAUAAAUAAUGGUAAUAAUAUUGGAAGCAAUGCUAUUAUAGAUAGUACCACUGAGGGUGGAAAUAAUAAUGGAAACCCUUCAGGAAACAUUACUGGAAGCAUUACAGGAAACACUUCAGGAAAUAGUAGUUCAAAGAGCAUUGUAAGCAAUGUUGGAAAUAAUAAUAACAACAAUAACAUUGGAAGCAGUAAUAGUAACGUAAAUAACAGUGAUAACAAUAGGUUUAAUAGCGGCGGGAGUGCAUAUGUAGAGAGUGGCACAACGAUCAAAGUGAACUCCUUAAACAGCAUUCAAAACAACGAAGACUUGAGUAAUUACUUAUUACAAAAUAAUUCGAUCUUUUUAAAUGAACAUAUUUCUUAUUUUUCUUUAUUUUCAUUUGGAGAGAAAUAUGCAAUAAUUAAAUAUAACAACGAAAAUAUAGCAAAAAAUGUUUUCAAAAACUGCGCUAUGUAUAACAUUAACGUCGACUUUGUCCCUGAUGAAACCGAUAGCCAAAAUGUUAGCUAG